CACAGUGUCCGAGUCUCGGUCAGAUCUGCAGCCAUGAACGACGUGAAGCUAGCUCUGCUGGGCAGCGAGGGUGCUGGGAAAUCAGCGGUUUUGGUGAGAUUCCUGACCAAGCGCUUCAUUGGAGAAUAUGCCUCAAAUGCAAAUUCGUUAUACCAGAAAAGGCUCUCGAUCGAUGGCAGACAGUUGAACUUGGAGGUCUUUGAUCCGUGCUCACAGAACGUGGAGAGUAGAUGCAUCCUGGAGGAACCGGUGGACUGGGCAGAUGGCUUUGUGGUGGUGUACACCAUCAGCGACCGCAUGUCUUUCCUCAACGCUAAAAACAUCCUGCAGCAGAUCAGAGAGAGCCGUCGAGAGACCUGUAAAGGAGACAUGGACGUCCCCGUCUGUCUGGUGGGGAAUAAGCAGGACCUGUGUCACAGCCGCCAGGUGAGCGAGGAAGAGGGGCGUUCUCUCGCCCUGGAGCACAGGUGCAUCUUUCAGGAAGUGUCUGCUGCUGAGAACUACCUGGACAUCGCCAACCUCUUCACCAGACUCAUACGACACGUGAUGGAACACAUGAAGCACAGAUCGGAGCGCCGGCGCUACAGCGGCUCCAAAUCCAUGGUCAAGCUCAUCAACAACGUGUUCGGGAAGAGGAGGAAGUCCGUCUGAAGCGUUCUACUGUGAAACAACACGGGAACCUUCAGACUGUUUGGAGUCUGGAAUGUUUCCUAGAACCUAGUCAUGAGAACUGAUCUGACGAGAGGAACCCAGACAGCACUUCCCACAUUCUUCCAAACGUUCGAGCCAUUAAAGCUUCUUCGGUUCUUCCUCUAGGUUAAAGGUGUUGUGUCGUAACAGACAGAGAACAAAUACCAAGUAGAACCUUUUAGGAAGCAAAGAUCCCCUAAUUAUCCAACAAAACCUUACAGAACCACCAAAGAACCUGGGAGAGAGUGUACAAGUACCAAGGGGUUAAAUAUUCAACUCCUCACAGGUUCUAGGAAAUAAGAAGAAAAUAAUCAGCAAUGAUUUGGAGUUUGUACCGAACACUUACCCACUUAAUACACACACUCUUAAAAAAGGUUCUUUACGGGUUCUUUACAGGUUCGUCGUUAAAUUCAGACAGAGAAAACUUUGACCUUGAACCUUCCAGAUCCAGAAGGAGAACCGAAGAACCCUUACGAACCCUUUUGAUCUUAUAGGCGUGUAUGAUGCUGAAUCUCUGGCACGACGGACGUUCACAGCAAACAGAAUGUAAACAUCUAACUGAAGUUUAUUUUAAAGCAGCAACAUUUAUUCAUAAAUCCUUUGAACUUCAUGACGACCCGAGAUACAGAAGGUUUAUUUUCUUCCACGCUUCAAACUGUGGAUUUAUAGAAAUCCGUCUGGAGACGUGGAGAAGAUUCACCACAAUACAGCUCAUGCACAGUGACGUUCAGUCUGGAUUCUCAUCCGGGGUAGAAAUGAUAAGACUUAGAAAAUCUAAAAAAUAAACAUUUCUGGACAAACAAACAAACAAACAAACAAACAAACAAAGAGUCUCUGGCGUAGGAGAUUAUCAUUAGGUACAGAUAUUAAUCUGUAAACUGUUCCAUGUUCAGAAUUGAUUUGAAUCUCAUUCAGAAGACUUCUAAACUAAACCAAAUAUCUGAACUGAACAAUGAAUGAAUGAAUGAAUGAAUAAACUGUGUGUACCGUUAUAUCUGUGUGUACCGUUAUAUCUGUGUGUACCGUUAUAUCUGUGUGUACCGUUUAAUAAAAAUGAUGUGUAGUAUAAAAAAAUGAAUAAAUGGUGUAAUCUGCAGUGAUUUAUGUGGUUAAUAUUUAAUCCUUGAAAGCACAGUGGACAUUACGGCUCUUUAUUUCUCACUCAGUUUAGUGAUUCACUUUGAAGUUGUCCUUUUUAAAAUAAAUCCUGUUAAUGUGGGGAUUAAGGUGUUAAAGGAUGGAAUUAUAUCACGGAUUCAACUGCAGUUUGGACAAAAAGUUUUUGGGGCCUUCUGAGGUUCUUCAUCACAGCAUGUUUCAUACGCUUCCAUACUAAUAUAAACAAAAAUAGAUUAUAUAUUGAACACAAAUAAAUGGUCUACUGCCAACAUAAAACCAUAGUCUUAGUAAAUAAGACAAAACAAACAAACAAACAAACAGCAAACACUGUACAUUUCCUAUUGAGGAUCAGUCAGAUAUCCUCACUUAAUAAAAAUAUAUUCUUAUAUAUAUAUAAAAUGAUCAUGUGAACACAUGCGCGCACACACAC